AUGCACACCGCAUCCACCACGAGCACACGGCACACAUCAAUCAUGUCUUCCUUCAGCAAGGUCAUCGCACUUGCUGCGCUCAUCUGCACUCUCGCUCCUUCCGCCACAGCACACAGCUGGAUUGAGGAGUACCAGGUCAUCAACGCCAACGGUUCUUACUGCGGUGCACGUGGCUAUUCGCGAGGAUACGUUCCACGUACAGACCCCACGUUCACAGGCAACAGUGACAUGUGGAUGCUUCCUUCGCUUGAGGCACGAAAUGACGACGGCACUGCCCGUACACGAAUCAACUCGACCGACUCUCUCUGCCACCCGUCGCAGCGAACCCCAACUUACACCUCGGCAUACCCUAAACUCAAGGUCUCUCCAGGCGACUACGUUGCCAUGAAGUACCUUGAGAACGGCCACGUUACACUUCCAUGGAACAUCACAGGCAAGCCAUUCGGUGGUGGCACAAUCUUCGUCUUCGGCACCACUCAACCAUCCGAUGACGAGAAGAUUGCCGAUGUCAUGAAGUGGAACACCGAGGGCACUGGCGGUAACAAGAAGGGUUUCCUCAUGACCGCACAAAACUACGACGACGGUCGAUGCCACCAGCUCAACUGCGGUGACAUCUCCCAAGAGCGUCAAAGGCUUGAGCCCAACCACGUCGCCGACCAGCCAACUUCCGGCGUCGAGGACUGGUGUGAGACCGAUCUCAAGAUCCCCGAGACCGUCAAACCAGGCUCCCUCACCACCUACUGGGUCUGGCAGUGGCCUACCAACCCCAACGAGGACUGCAACACCCCAGCCGGCAAAGACGAGUACUACACGACUUGCGCCGACUUCGACGUUGUCGCAGACAACUCAGCCGCCGAGGCUCCUUUCAGCGUCGGCGCCGGUGGCAACCCGCGAUCUGUCGCCGUCUCCAACUACAAAUCCCGCACGGCCUACACCGUUUCGCCGACUGCGGUCCUCCAGGAGCACAACACCGUCGUUGGAGGCUCCAUGCCCACUGUCAACCCUGCCUUCGUCAGCGCUUGCUCCGUCCAAGCCUCCGUCAUCAAAGCCGGCAACCUCGGCGUCUGGCCAGAGGUCUACGUCCCGAAUUCCUGCGACGUUCCCACCUCCUUCGGCACACCCGCCGCUUCGGCUUGGAAGGACUCCGUCAAGAGCGCGUAUGCUUCAUACACUGCUGGCUCAUCAUCGGCCUACAGCUCCGCCUUCGCCGCUGCUGGAAUCCCAGUCCCGAGCCGAACCCCCUGGAACGCCCAGGCAAGCAGGACCGGCACGCAGGUCCAGCCUACUGCCGCCCCUAACGCUUCGCCGGCUCCUACCGGCUCAGGCAACGCCCCGGCUCCAAGCGCCCCCGUCGCCACGGCUCCUUAUGCUAACAGCACAAGUCCCGCUGGCUCUGAGGCGCCUGCUGUUCAAGUCACGACAAUUACGACCGUUCUCGUCAUCACUUCGACCCUUCCGGCUGGGCAGCCGGUUCCUUCUGCGUCCGCGUAUGCAUCCGCGCCGAGCAGCGAGACACCGAGCACCUUUGCGACCGCGCCUGCUGGCGUCUCUCCUUCAUCAUACGAGGGUUCGCUUCCAAUGCCAGCGACGACACCAAUCGCAUCUGCUUCCGCACCUGCACCAGCGCCUGCUGACACCAACGGCAUCCCGACCAUCUCGACUAAGGCUGCGUCUGCUUCGAAUUACAGACGCCAUGCUAGGGAUGUUAGGCGCUAA